AUGUCGCGGCUUAUGGAGGAUGCCACAGGCUUUGCUCCUCAAGCACGACCUCAUUCUAUCAGCGGAUGUACACUGAAUGCCUACGGAGCUCAGUGGGACAAUGUAUCGAAAUGCCAUAAGUUCCAUGGCGAUCAAGGUAAAUUCAAGUCAUUUUGGCGGGAACACGCUGGUAAGGCCCAGGACUCUCGACGCUACAUCACAGGAAUCCCCAUGUUCCAAGCUAUGGCAAGGCUACUACUGCUGGAUCUAGACCUAGAGACAGAAUUCAUAAACAAUCUGUCGCAUGAGCCACACCCAUUAGUCAAGGCGAUUGUAUACGCCAGUCCGAUGUUCACGACGGAUCCAAAGGGCUGGGCAUCGUAUAUGAUCAGGGGUACUUAUGACACUGAUACCCCACCCUUUCCCCUCCACCAUCUUUCAUCAACUGUGACCGAAAAUAUGACGGAUCGCGUUAUGACGGGAGUCCUGACCGUCAAGCUCGCCUGGUUGCGUGGAUUGAAGCUACCAGAUGUAGCUGGCGACACCUGGAAGAAGCAAUGGCGCCCAUACGGCCUCGUCGACUGGGAAGCGUGGUAUCGCCCUUUCAAAUUUGAUCUCCCGCCGUCGCUGUCAUCGUCGUCCGGAACUGAGGAGCAGGAGGGGGUGCUUACCUUGUCGUUGCUGAUUCGUCGUCACAAACCGGAUACAGGGAGCACUCUAUCCUUGUCGGGUGAACCCUUUGGGCCUCAAUGCAUGUCACUUGGGUUGGUCAGACUGAAUCCGUUCCUGGCCGGUGCUGGGACACAGAAGGUGAAAGCCCUGGAUGGCACGGGCGGCUGGAAAUAUCCUACACCAGGAAAGAAAUUUCGCCUUGACGGCAACCUUGUCUAUGUCCAAAAGCAAGACUCGGGCAGAAGCUACGGCAUGGAGAUCACCCAUAUACCUCGCUCUGCCCAUGAGCAGCUCAGCGGUGAAAAUGAACCAGUGAUAAACAGCCUCCGCGCUGGCAUUCAGCACCCCUUCAUUGCUCCGCUGAUGUUUGCCUUUCACUGUUCGGAUGGUAGAUUGGAACUCCUUUCACAGCUCGGCAGCGGAGGAUACCUUGCUGACCAUGUGCAGAGAGAGCGACGAUUUGGCAUUACCAAGGCAAGAUAUUAUGCUGCAGAGCUGAUCUGCAUACUGGAAUACUUGCAUGCAAAGAACAUCAUCCUUGGUAGUCUAAAGAUGGAGAAUAUCCUCCUCGAUUCCUCUGGCCACGUCAGUCUCUGCAAACCGAGUCUCUUCGCGCUUGACCUGAGUAAGGACACGGACUGUAUUGCGCCAGGCACGUCGGCAUAUCAAGCUCCCGAAAUUCUCCUUAACAAGAGAGAACCAUCUCGAGCUAGUGAUUGGUGGAGCCUGGGGAUUAUCCUCUAUGAGCUCUUGACGGGUGCUCCGCCUUUCUACCACAAAGAUGAAGAGGAGCGGCGGUAUAGGAUCAUCAACGUUACCCUCCAGCAGCCCGUUGGCUUGCCAUCGAGUACAAACGAUAUUCUUACCAAAUUACUCGAUAAAGACCUCACGCGUCGCCUAGGAGCUGACGGCCUCGCGGAGGUGAAAGCGCAUCCUUUCUUCCACGGGUUGGAUUGGGGUGAUUGCAUCCAGCGCAAACUUGAAACGCCCUUCAAACCCCACAAUGACGCCGUCGUCUUCUGGAGCAAGCCACACACAGACAAGGCAAAGCAAUAUCCAAAGGGUGAGUUGCGAGAGUUCGAUGGAGCAGUAUAUGAGAUACUAGGCACUUCGGAUUUUCCCUUGCCGCGUUAUAUAGGGCCGGCUGCCCCUGACACGAGUUCAGGUCAGGGUAACACGGGCACUUCAAACGAGCAAUGGGAGUUGAUAUGGGUGCCAGAUACUGGAGAGUUAUACUUCCAAAAUCGUUCCUCUGGCCAGAGGGUUCUAGCGAGACGCGACACUGCGAAGCGAGGAGAAAUACCUCCGCCAGUCAUGUCUGAACAUCCCACCCAGCGCCAGCUGGAGGAAGCUCUCGCGGCAGCUUUGCAAACUGGAUACAGUCACGACGUCUUCUCUCAGCUCAUCAGUUACGACCUGAAUCUGAACAUCCGAAUUAACGACUUCAAACAUUCCCCUAGCAGAUGGAUAACACUACUGGAGUGGGCCGUUGAGCAGGAAAGGCCAGAUCUCGUGCAUCUAUUCCUUGACCAUGGCGUCGACGCCGACUUUACUGUUCCCUCUCAAGAAGGCCCCGCCGUCGUAAGAGCCGUGCGACGAAAAUUGCAUAAUCUGGUAGAAGCUCUGUUGCAAAGAACAGCUCACCGAGUCUCGCGAACGAGGGCGCUCGCACUUGCAGUGGAACAGCAAGAUAUUUCUCUCGCGACGAUCCUGCUUUCACACGGGGUGGCCUGCGACUUCAAAGAAGCCGACCGACCUCUGCCCCCCGAUCCAUACCAUUGGGACUAUGACUCGAACCUGGACCGAGUAUUCGAGCCGGUGGACUUCACCCCGCCGCUUGUCCGGGCAGCUAGGCUGGGUGAUCUUGCGUUGGUCACCUUGCUGCUGGAGCAUGGCGCCGAUCCUAACGUUGCGUACCACGUUCUGGGUGGGUGGAGGGGGACGGAGCAAGAUCUUGGUUUCAAUGAGAUUGCCUUAAGGGAUUCGAGAAUACCUACCAUGUUCUCUUGUGGACGAGCUGUGCAGAUCGCGAUGGAGAUGGGGCAUCCGGAACUGGUGAGGGCGCUGCUUGAUGCUGGGGCAGAUAUUGACCUUCCGCAGCCUGCUUGGGCGGUACCGGGGCAUGUCUGUCAGCCGGUACCUAGGGCUGCGUAUCUGGAAAUUGUGAGUGGGCUAAGGGAUAUUGUGGCUGAAAGACGCAGAGGUAUCAAUCUAGGGGGGGCAGGAAGCGCGAGACUGCGAUCAGGCUGA